AUGGUCGUCGCUGGUGGGGAUGCCGAUGUUGCCGGGGGGGCUUCCAGCCUCGGUCGUCGCCGUGAGAUCGCCGAUUGGUGGGAGCGGGUCGCCGAUGCGACCGUCGCCGGGGGAGCCCUUCCUGCUGCGGUCGUCGCCGGUGUGGGAGAAGAGUUGGCAGAUGGGGCCGGCUUCGGCGGAGGCGGGCAGUUCAUCGGCGUCCUUCUAGCCGUCGCUGUUGCGGAGCAGGUAGAGGAGGGGCUGCUGGGUCGGAGGGACGCCUUAUUGCUCGGCAUCGUCUUCUUCGCCGCGACGCCGGCGCUGCUCACCCCUGCCAGCGCUCUGGCGGACGAGGCCACCGCCGAAAACAUUGAAGGGACUGACUCCGAAGAUGACUAUCACCUUCUCUAUGCGCGUGUGUCUACAGGCUGGCUGGUCGGCGCCGGCGAGGCCAGCAGCAUCAAGUCCGUCACGGCGUUCUACCCCGAGCAGGCUGCCGCCGACUCCAGCGUCAGCGUCGCCAUCACCGGGAGCGGGCCGGACUUCACCAGCCUCAAGUCCUUGGGCGACGUCGAUGCCUUCGCCGAGGGCCUGGUGAACGGCCUGGGCAGGAGCUGGCAGAGGUCGCCGGGGCUCGCCGCCAAGCUCAUCCACUCCAAGGCGGCAAACAGCCUGUACUACCUGGAAUACACGCUGCAGAACCCCGGCGAGCGGCGGCGGCACAUCGUCUCGGCCAUCGGGAUGGCCUUCAACGGCUGGUACAACUGCCUCCACUGCGACGACCCAGGUUAG